AUGGUUGAUGCCCGUUGUACUGCAGCCGUUUGGCUUUUGAUCCAGUGUUGGCGUGAGACUAUUACAAGAAUGAGUUCCAGCUCUGAUGAUGUCCAGCGAAGCCAAGUGGCGGCAGUUCAAGGCGACUCAGCCGUCGUCUUCUGGGCCCUGGAGAUCUCUAUCACCGAGACGUUCACUUUUGGUUUGAUAAACGGUGUAAGACACUACUCCAAAGUAGAUAUACGGAGAAACGGAGCAGUGAAAAUGACCCAACUAGAUUCUGAUUGUGGAAUAUUUCAAUUCAUUUCAGAUGGCUGA